UCGUGUUCUCUCAAUAAAAUUAUUUAUUAGAUUUUAAUAAUUAUUUAUCAUAUACAUAUUUGACAUCUCCAAUCGUUUUGAUAUCGAAUGAAUUAUAUAAAUGUCUCAUGUAUAUAUCGUAACCGGAAAUUCCUAACUUCAAACACGAAGGCAUAUGAUAUGUUAAAUAUAACGAAGGGUUAUUAACCUUAAGAAGAGCAAGUUUGACGUUGCAGUGUUUGACGUUAACGUUCAGUUUAAUGUGUGACAUCACGUCAAUCGUAUGACUAAGUGGGAUAUAUAUUCUUUUAUAUUUUCUUAUACGCACAAGUGAAGUCUUAUUGGGUGAACGAUAUUCCGAAAAUUUAUUCUAAUUUGUUGCCGAUUUAAGAUGAUCGCAUCAGAAGUUGGCUCGACAAACACAGAACCUGUCCAUAUCAGGAUUACGAGUGAAAAAGCUCCUUUGAUCAAUGGCAGAAAUAUGCUUCAACGACUAAGCAAUAUUUUUAAGAUCGGAAGGACGUCACAUUCCGAUGGAGAUGGCUAUGUCGAGUUUGGUACUCUUGGUAUGGAUAACACUCGUACAUUGGGAACUUUUGCUGGUGUAUUCAGCCCAGUUACACUGUCUAUGUUCAGUGCCUUAGUUUUUAUACGAAUGGGAUAUAUUGUGGGUAAUGCAGGUUUAUUUGUAACAUUAAUUCAAUUCAUCAUAGCAUAUGGUAUUUUAUUAUUCACAGUCGCAUCUGUCUGUGCUAUAUCGACCAAUGGUGCUGUAGAAGGUGGUGGCGCUUACUUCAUGAUUAGUCGUACAUUAGGACCUGAAUUUGGCGGCUCUAUUGGCACUCUCUUUUUCUUGGCCAAUAUAGUGUCCAGUGCGCUUUGCAUUUCUGGAUGUGCUGAGGGUUUGGUUGAAAACUUUGGUCCGUCUGGUUAUUUGAGCGGCAAAACUGGGCUCAUCCCAGAUGGUCGAUGGUGGCGAUUUUUAUAUUGUUCUAUACUAAAUACUGCCAAUCUUGUAGUUUGUCUUAUUGGAGCUGCAAUGUUUGCAAAAACCAGUGUUGCAAUUUUAGCAGUUGUCUGCAUCUGUCUGGCUAGUGUUUUUAUUAGUUUUUUGACUCAGGGUGCAAUAGAGAUACCAAUACCAGAUGCAAAUACAUUAGUACAAAAUGUAACAGAGCAUGUAAAUGGAAGUUACACGGGUCUUUUGUCUUCUACACUUUCAAAUAAUCUCUAUUCGAAUUAUAGUGCUGAUUACUCGAGCGGAGGAACAAUGACGGAUUUUGCAAGUGUCUUUGGUGUAUUGUUUAGUGGUGUAACUGGGAUAAUGGCUGGAGCAAAUAUGAGCGGAGAGUUGAAAAAUCCUGGUCGGAACAUUCCACGUGGGACAUUAUCUGCAGUAUUAUUUACAUUUAUAUGUUAUAUUUUACUAUCUGUACUGACGGCUGCUACUACUGGCCGUUUUUUACUGCAAAACAACUUUAUGUACAUGAUGCCAAUUAAUAUGUGGCCACCAUUUGUUGCCGUUGGCAUUCUCACUGCAACAUUUAGCGCUGGCUUAAGCAAUUUGAUAGGUUCUAGCAGAGUAUUGGAAGCAUUGGCCAAAGAUAAUGUAUUCGGUUCGGGAUUAAAUUUUGUCAUACAAGGUACAUGGCGCGGCAAUCCAAUAACAGCGGUAUUAACUUCAUGGAUUUUGGUUCAAACAAUCUUGCUUAUCGGCUCGUUGAAUACUAUUGCUCAAAUUAACUCGGUACUAUUUCUUUUAAGUUAUCUGGCUACCAAUCUUGCGUGUCUUGGAUUGGAACUUGCCAGUGCACCAAACUUCAGGCCAACAUUUAAUUAUUUUACAUGGCAUACAGCGACUAUAGGUCUUCUUGGAACACUGAUAAUGAUGUUCAUAAUUAAUAGUAUUUAUGCUUCAAGUAGCAUAAUUUUAUGCUUAAUAUUGAUCAUUGUGCUACAUUUAUUCUCACCGAGUAAAAACGCACCAUGGGGCAGCAUAUCUCAAGCAUUGAUAUUCCAUCAAGUUAGAAAAUACUUGUUAAUGUUGGAUUCGCGUAAAGAUCAUGUUAAAUUUUGGCGUCCGCAAAUGUUACUGAUGGUUGCGUGUCCGCGUUCCGCUUGUCCUCUUAUCGAUUUUGUGAACGAUUUGAAGAAAGGAGGACUUUAUGUUAUUGGACACGUAAAAGUUGGUAAAUUUAAUGGUCAAAAUAAUGAUCCUACGAUCGAGGAAUAUCCGCACUGGUUGAGUUUAGUUGAUCAUAUGAGAGUUAAAGCUUUCAUUGAAUUGACUGUGACAAAAACAGUGCGCGAAGGCAUGCAACAUUUAAUAAGAUUGUCUGGCAUGGGUGCAAUGAAACCAAAUACGAUCGUUCUUGGGUUUUAUGAUGAAGAAACGCCGAAAAACUUUUUCUUGGAUUCUCAAUACGCGACGACAAUGUUUGAAAACAGUACAACGCUUCCAAAUAAUACUGUGUUCCCUCUAAGACAAGCAGCAGGUGAAAAGAAUCUAGAUCCGGUUCAAUAUGUUGGUAUGUGCUCGGAUGUUUUAAGAAUGAAGAAGAAUUUAUGUAUAUGUAGAAACUUUCAUCUGUUAAAUAAAGCACAAUUGACAAAAAAUUCAAAUUUGAAAUAUAUUGACGUAUGGCCGGUCAAUUUUUUCCAACCGACCGAUCAAGAUCCAUUCGAUACAACGUCAUUAUUCAUGCUUCAACUCGCAUGUAUCAUCAAUAUGGUACCCAGUUGGAAAAACCUACAUCUCAGAGUGUUCCAUUGCGAAACUAAGGAUGGCAAUGAAAGCCUAAGUAUUUCAGAUUCUCCCAAUUCAAUGAACGAAUAUCCGAGAAUCUCGAAUGAGCACAGGAUUCGAAAGUCAUUGAAUUUGCUGAGAAUUUCUGCAUCGAUUAAAAAAAUUCCGGAAUGGGCAGAGCAAAUCCGAGGUUUAAAGGGUAGGCCUCUACUUGAGCCAAAAAAUCAAUAUGAUGAAUCAAGUACAGAGUCUAAUAAUGCUUUGAGUAACGUGUCCCGAGCUUAUAUACUGGGAGUCAAUCAACUGAUACGGCAAUAUUCUUCUCAAACUGCAACAACAUUCAUUUAUUUGCCUGGUCCGCCAGCCUCAAACACUUGGGAUGAGGAUGACAUGUAUCGACAGUACCUACAAUCAUUGACAGAAUUAACUGUCGACUUACCACCGACAGUUUUAGUACACGGUGUUAGUGCUGUUACGUCAACUACCUUAUAACAAAAUGUAUGAAAAGAUAAGGGGAAAUAAUUAAAAUAUUUUCCAUUGAGAAUAAUAAUGAUAGUAUAACGUAGCCAAGCAAUAAGAAUUGAUUUAAGAUUAACAGAAAAUUUAUCACGUCCGAAAGAAAGUUUAAUAUUGUAAGUAAAAUUUAUUACUGUGAUAACAAAAGUAUUGUGUAAGAAAUUCUUCGAAGACAAAUAUUUUUUAAAAAUGACUGCUAUAAACAGAAAUUAUAAUUGUAAAUAUAUCAACGGAUUUAAUUUAUCCAAUCCAAUGGCGCAACAUCCCAAAUUGGGACAAGGCCUACCUCUCGUACAUAUGUCUCUGGAGCAUACGUAGGUUGUUGUACACAGAGACAUACAAUCUAACGCCGGUUCCGAAUGGCAAUUUUUGAGAGGUUUUCUUGGCAAUAGGUACUCUUGAUGGUGCUUUGUGUGUCAGAUCACCGAAAAGAUAGCCACGAGCGCAUGAAAAUUUCUUGAAUCUGCCUAUGGGAUCGAACCUGGGAUCUCUGGCAUAGCAAUCUCGUGUGCUACCAACUACGAUCGUGCUUACGGAUUUAAUUAUAAUGUAACUUAAUAUAUUCUAUAUAUAUAAAGUACUAUCGCUGUAUCGCUCUUUUAU